AGAAUGAUGACGGACAAGCGCAGGGGGAGGGGAGCGGUCGGCGCGAGGAGGCGCGGGGGAAUGACGAGCGGCGCGCCGGGCGGCUUGGCAGCAUGGCGUCCGUUGCCUUGAGCGAGGCCGAGAAGGUGUAUAUAGUGCACGGCAUUCAGGAAGACCUCCGUGUGGAUGGCCGUGGCUGUGAGGAUUACCGAUGUGUUGAAGUGGAAACCGAUGUGGUGUCCAACACCAGCGGGUCUGCCAGGGUCAAGCUGGGUCACACAGACAUCUUGGUGGGAGUGAAAGCGGAAAUGGGGAUGCCGAAGCUGGAGAAACCAAAUGAAGGUUACUUGGAGUUCUUUGUUGACUGUUCAGCCAAUGCUACCCCUGAAUUUGAAGGUCGAGGAGGUGAUGAUCUUGGCACGGAGAUUGCUAACACCCUCUCCCGGAUAUUUAACAAUAAGAGCAGCGUGGACCUCAAAUCCCUCUGCAUUAGUCCACGGGAGCACUGCUGGAUUCUCUAUGUGGACGUGCUGUUGCUGGAAUGUGGUGGAAAUUUGUUUGAUGCCAUCUCUGUUGCUGUGAAGGCUGCUCUAUUCAAUACAAGGAUCCCAAGAGUUCGUGUUCUAGAGGAUGAAGAGGGGUCAAAGGACAUUGAACUGUCUGAUGACCCUUAUGACUGUGUUCGGUUAAGUGUGGAGAAUGUCCCUUGCAUCAUCACCCUGUGCAAAAUUGGUUAUCGGCACGUGGUGGAUGCUACUCUUCAGGAGGAGGCCUGCUCCUUGGCCAGCUUGCUGGUAUCCGUGACCAGCAUGGGAGUUGUGACAUGCAUGAGAAAAGUGGGGAAGGGCAGCCUGGACCCAGAAAGCAUCUUUGAGAUGAUGGAGACUGGCAAACGAGUGGGCAAGGUGCUGCAUGCCUCCCUGCAAAGUGUUCUGCACAAGGAAGAAAGCCUGGGGCCCAAGAGACAGAAAGUUGGAUUUCUAGGGUGAUUCGUGCAUCAACCCUCUACUGUGGAGUGUUUGUUUUUACUUUUCCUUUUAAGCCAAAGUUUGUAUACAUUUUUCUUAAUUGUUAAGAAUUUUAGGCAACAUUUAUAAACAUAAAAUUAAAGUCUAUUUUCUGGU